UUCCUCUGUUGACCUAGGGAACAUUGACACCUACAAAUGGGCCCUCCCAUGCACCGUUGCAAUUCGGCGAGAACGGAGAUGGCAGCACGCUCUUGUUCUUACCACCGCCGUUUGGCUCCACUGCUGCUGCUCUGCUUUUGCACGCUCCUAGUCCAAGCGCAGGCAUCGCAGAAGAAGGUUAAGCCUGCCUCACCCUGUUUUUGUUCUCUCAAUUUCAAGGUGAUUCAAAUCAUCUCAAAGAUGUUUCUCGACUAUACCAUCUGCCUUCCGCAGCUGUACAUAGCGUACCUAGGCGAAAGGAAGCAUGGGCACCCAGAUGAUGUCGUCGCAUCGCACCAUGAUACACUGGCAAGCGUUCUUGAAAGUAAACAAGAUAUUUUAGAUUCCAUCAUAUAUAGCUACAAGCAUGGAUUCUCGGGCUUCGCGGCCAUGCUAACAAAAGAGCAAGCACAGCAACUUGCCGACUUGCCUGAAGUCAUCAGUGUGCAGCCGAGCAGAAGGUACCAGACGGCCACCACGCGAAGCUGGGACUUCCUGGGGCUGAACCUGAACGACAAAGUGCCUUCAGAGCUUCUCCGCAGAAGCAGAUAUGGAGAAGACACCAUCAUUGGGAUUAUUGACACAGGAAUAUGGCCGGAGUCGAGAAGCUUCAGCGACGACGGCUACGGGCCGGUGCCGCCACGGUGGAAAGGCGUGUGCCAGGUCGGGGUGGGGUGGGACCGCAGCAACUGCAGCCGCAAGAUCAUCGGCGCGCGGUUCUACCACGCGGGCGUGGCCGAGGAGGAACUCAAGAACGAAUACCUCUCGGCGCGGGACGCCAACGGCCACGGCACGCACACGGCGUCCACCGCGGCGGGCUCCAUCGUGGAGGCGGCAAGCUUCCACGGCCUUGCCGCGGGCACGGCACGCGGUGGCGCGCCCAGAGCCCGCAUCGCGGUGUACAAGUCCGUCUGGGGCAGCGGCCACGGAGCUGGGGCCGGCAGCUCCGCCACCGUGCUCGCCGCCAUCGAUGACGCGAUACACGACGGAGUCGACGUGCUGUCGCUGUCGCUCACCGUGGAGGAGAACUCGUUCGGCGCCCUCCACGCCGUCCAGCAAGGGAUCACCGUCGUGUACGCCGCCGGCAACUCUGGGCCCGCACAGCAGGUGGUCGGGAAUACAGCUCCUUGGGUAAUCACCGUCGCGGCGAGCAAGAUUGAUCGGUCAUUUCCGACCGCGAUCACGCUGGGAAACAAGCAACGCAUCGUGGGACAAUCUGUGUACUACGAAGGAAAGAACUCGUCAGGGAGUACCUUCAGGCUUCUUGCAUACGGAGGCCUAUGCACUGCUGAUGCUCUGAAUGGCACGGAUGUGAGGGGGAAAAUUGUGUUGUGUGUUGCUUUCCCAGUAUCGCCGCUUGCACUUUUUCCACUCGCACUGAAGAGCGUCCUGGAUGGUGGGGGCUCUGGUCUCAUCUUUGCUCAGUACAGCAUGAACAUUGUAGAUGUGACAGCUGAUUGCAAAGGCAUUCCGUGCAUUCUCGUGGACUUCUAUACUGCGAACCAGAUUGGAAAUUACAUGAGCGAUGCAAGCUCUCCUGUGGCGAAGAUCGAACCAGCGCGCACUGUCACAGGUGCGGCAGCACUGGCUCCAACGGUGGCAGCAUUCUCCUCGAGAGGUCCAUCGAUCAAUUACCCUGAAGUUAUCAAGCCUGACAUAGCAGCACCAGGAGUCAGCAUCCUAGCAGCCAGAGAAGAUGAAUAUGCAUUCGGCUCAGGGACAUCUAUGGCAACGCCACACGUUGCAGGCAUCGUUGCGCUGCUGAAAACCCUGCACCCGAAUUGGUCUCCAGCAGCACUAAAAUCAGCCAUCAUGACAACUGCAUCUGUAACUGAUGAGCGCGGCAUGCCGAUCCUCGCACAAGGAUUGCCCCUGAAGAUCGCUGACCCAUUUGACUAUGGAGGGGGGCACAUAAAUCCUAACAAGGCAGCUGAACCUGGCUUGGUUUAUGACAUUGAUCCAAGUGGCUACAACAAGUUCAUUGGGUGCACGUUCAACAAGUUUUUAAGCUGCAACAAAACAGUGCUACCAGGGUAUCAUCUGAACUUACCAUCCAUCGCCAUUCCAGAUCUGAGGAAUCCCAUUACUGUAUUGAGAACGGUCACAAACGUAGGUGAGGUCAAUGCAGUUUACCAAGCUGAAAUCCAGAGCCCUCCUGGAGUCAAGGUGGACGUUGAGCCGUCUGUUCUUUCGUUCAAUGCUGCAAACAAAGUUAUAACCUUUCAGGUUAAGUUAUCGCCUCUAUGGAGGUUACAAGGGGACUACACAUUUGGUAGCCUUACUUGGCAAAAUGGCCAAAAAACAGUGCGAAUCCCGAUUGCAGCCCGGAUCACAAUUCAUGAUUUCUUUGCGGACGUUGCAUAAUUAGGAUAAAACAUGCAUGCUACAUCUGAGUGUUAGUUCACUUUUCAAAGGAAAUAUCAUGAUGUUCCUAAAGCUGUCCAGAAGAAAGAUAAGACAUGCCAAAUUCUACGAAAGCUUUGCUUGCAUCUAUUUCCUUGUUUCUGAAUGAACUCUAAUCUGUGUUUGUUAUA